AUGGCAAUUGAGAAAAAGAAUUCAAGAGGAGCUGCAAAGAAAGAAUUUGAUUCGGUUGAUAUGAGAUUGAGGAAGGCUUUCCGUGCGUGGCUUGCACAGGAACAACAAAAGAAUCCUCAGUUGUUUUCGUUCCUCGAGGAUGACGACACUGAGAUUUUGAAGAGCCUCCUCAGAAGAAAAGACAAAAGAAAGAGAGAAGAAGAAGGCACGUCCAUGAAAUGUGCUAGCAGUAGCAGUGAUGAAUUGCCAAGUCCAUUUAAAGAAAAGAUUCAAGAAAUGAAGGGAUGUGAGGUGAAGUUGGUGAUGCAGAAGAAACUCUAUGAGUCAGACUUGAAUCCAAACCAAAACCAUGCCUGCUUCUCUAUCAAGAUUGCCAACAAUUUUUUGACACAAAAGGAGGAGUCCUUUCUAGAGGAAAACAAAAUGCUUGCUGGCAUGCACGUCAUUGUGUUGGAUCCUUCUCUUAGAGACUGCAACAUGUGUUUCAUGAAGGGUUCAAGAAGCUGCUUCUACAACUUGACCAAUGGAUGGAACCAAAUUGUGCUUCAGAAUGAUCUCAAACUGCAUGAUAUACUGCAGCUUUGGUCCUUCAGAGUCUCCUCUUAUCUCUGGUUUGCACUUGUCAAGCUGUGA